AUGAGGCUAUCCCUGAGUGUCCUACUGGUCACUCUGGCUCUUUACUGCUAUGAAGCCAACGCAAUGACCUGUCCAGCCUUAGCAACUGAUAUGACAGGCUUCCUUCUUCAAAACAAAAUCAUGUACAGGAAAACACUUGAGAAAUAUAACCCACCUCCAGAAGUCAUUGAGGCCAAGAUGAAAGUGAAGGCCUGCACAGAUGAAAUGUCCCUUGUGUCCAGAAUGCUAAUUGAAAAGACAUUGGGGGAAAUCCUGAUGAAAUGUUCAGUGAAUCUUAUAAACUAA